CAGCAUUUGGCAUGUCGACUUGAACAAGCAACUCCGUGGGCAUCAUAGGCUCUUCAGACAACAGAAACGCACAGCUCAAUUUUAAGGCUUCUUCCAAGCCGUGAGAGCAUAAAACCGAACUUUCAUAGUUGAUUCUCCGUCCUUUGAAGCUCCGUGCGGUGUCGGAGAACCGCUGACGAUCAUAGCCAUCUUGCAACCUCGAGUCGAAAAGCACAGAAUUCCGUCGAUGCACACAACGACACCGGCUUUGUACUGAAGGUCGAAGAAGCUCUUCCCGGGGGAAUAGAUGAACCCAAGUCUGGCCCAUGGUGGCUCACAACGAGAGUUACAUAUGAGUGAUCUUUCCAGCGUCGAAGGCUUUCCCACGGAAUCACCACGAGAGAAUGUUGACGCCGGGUCGGAAGACGGCUCAACCUCAACGAGUUCACAGGUACCUCAAGGUGCUUCUAACGGCGCUGAGCGGAAUGCACCAACGCGGGCAGGGAAUGACUAUGCAAAGUGGCGACCAUUUGGGACGGGCUUCAAAUUGCCGGGAUGGGGCCGUCGCAACACGGCACAGGCGUCGUUGGGCAGUUCGCCACGGGAGAGUAGCCGGCUGUCGAAUUCCAGUCUUCCCGAUAGGACGGCAGGGAGCGGAAGUUUGGAAAGGUCGGAGAGACCUUCGGUAGCACGUUCCUCGACAUACCAAAUUGCACCGAGUCGCAGCUGGGAAGAUGAACCAGAGCCGGAACAUGUGGAAGAUCCACUAUCUGAGAUCACCAAUGGGUUUGCUGAGCUUUUGAUUCCAGGAGAGAUUUCAGAAGUAAGCCAAUCGGUACUGCGAUCGAAGAUGGCUGCAUUGGAGACUUUACACCGCGAGAUCCUGCCCCAUCUAAAUGGGCCAAAUCCGUUGCAAUGUGAGCGAGCGAAGACACUGUUGGAAAGUAUAAUCGAGGAGAUCGCCGUGUAUGGAGAGUUUUUGGACAUCGAUGAUGUCGAGGAUGGUGAAGAACUCCUUGCUGACACGAAUGCCGAAACUUUGAACUACGUCGUGGUGAAAGCGUCAAAGUUCAGCCAUGCCAGCACAAACGCUACCAACUCCGCCGAGGAUAGCUCAUCCGAACGAUCCUCCGAAGCCAGCGCGUACUCCACACCGCUAGCUCAGUCUCCACGGCCGCCCGCUCAUAUGCGGACCAUGUCGAUUUCGACACUCGCGUCGAUGACCUCGUUAUCAUCGUCACCUGCCGCAUCCCUACCUCUGAGCUUCUCCAACGAAAGUCAACCAGGAAGGUCUGGCAACGUCAUCAGCGUUCCACCAGGUCCGAACGACGUUCUGCGAUGGACAUCCUUGCAGCGGCUCUCAUUACAGCUGUACACUGGUGCAAUGAGACAAAAGGUCGGCAAACCGACCGUCAUGGCGAUAUCAGGCGGGGCUGGGAUCGUCAUUGGCACGUCUCGCUCUAUGGUUCUAGUGUACGAUUUUGCGCAGACUCUGAAGGUGAUUAUCGGUGACCCUCGUGAGUCAACAGAUCUGGGACCUGUAACAGCUAUAUCCAUCGGGAUCGAUCAUAAGCAGAUUGUAUGCGGAUAUGCGCAUGGGUGCAUCCGUGUCUGGAAUCUUCUGAGGCAGACGGUUUUGAGGAAUAUUCCACCAGUUGCCGCGGAAGACGAAGGCGCAAGUAGACCUGAGGGGCACGUUCAGGGAGCAUCAAUCAUCCACAUUGCAUUCGUCGGCACAAAAGGUGCUUUUGUAUCUGCCGAUAACGAGGGAAAUGCGUUUCAUCACGGUGUGCCGUUGAUGGUGGUUGUAGGAGCAUAUAGCAUGACUCGGUUGCUACCCAGCUCUCGCAGCCCCGCAACUCCUUCCGUCAUCUACGCCAUGGCUGCUCUUCCUCGCAUCGUCGGCCAUUACAAACACCCUGGAGAUCAAUCGCAUCUUGUGGCAUUCUCAACUUCUCAUCAGAUGGUGAUCAAAAGCAUGAAGCCGCAACCGCAAACGCAAUUCAAAAUGUCCUGGGCCCGUGGGACUUCGGCGUCGAAGUUGGUUGACGACCGCGCAUGUGGGAUUGCUUGUCUAGCGUGGAGUCCCUUGCUGAAACGUUCGACAGAAGGCAAAUACACUAGGUUGUGCGAUCCUCUAUUAGCUUGCUCGUUUGAAAAACAGCUGCGAAUCUUACGAGUGACAUAUGGAGCUCCUACCGUUCCAAAUCUGAAGAGGCAAGACGCGUCGAUAUCCACACCAAUAGACUACAAGAUGCAUGGGGAUUGGCUAGGAGACGAUGUCAUUGUUGCACUUCAGUGGGUGGACGAUAAGCUUCUCCUGCUACUGACCGAGAACCAAAGCCUGAUCCUGCUGGAUGUGACGCUGAUGAAGGAAGUUGACAGAACGGAUGUCAAACCUCGCAUGAUCCUAUCGGCGGACUACUUUACGAAGGGUGCGCCCAGUACGGCCUUGGCGGCCUACUAUCCAAGUAUAAAAUCAUUCAAAGGCCGUUUGUUUAUUCUGGGCCAACGAGAAGUUACCAGCGCAAGCAGACUUUCGUGGAUGGACCGUUUGAAAGCGCUGGUAGUCACGGGUCAUUUUCAAGGUGCCAUCGAACUAGGGAUGACGUACUUCAGUGGAAAGGCAAAAAAUGCUGUCACUGGCUUACCAGUCGAUGAGAAUGGACGGCAGACAGUUGUCGGGGACUAUCUGGCUGAGCUCUUGCAAACUUACAUCAAGAUGUCCAUGGCCAGCUACGAGCCUCAGCCGCCGGAAGCAGAUGAAGCGGAAGACCUCGCGACGUACCGACAAUUGGCCGUCGCAGCCUUUGACACAUGCCUUGGAAUCGAUCGAGACGCACUUCUUUUCGGCGACAUCUACGAAGAGUUCUGCGAGAAGGGCCUAGGACACGUUUACUUGGAAGUGCUGGAGCUGUAUAUCCUUGACGAACGGGUUACCGCCUUUAGCAGUCCCGUCACUGUGCAAGAUUUCAUUUCCCACUACGAGAACAAGGGGUGGCUGGACAGGCUGGCACAAGUGAUCCUGCACUUGGACACCGCAACCCUCGACGUGCAUGGCAUCAUCACUGUCUGUCUUCGCCACGGCUUGCAUAGCGCCCUCAUCUACGUGUACACGCGCGUGGGAGAUUUUGUGAUGCCCAUCAUUGAGAUCCUCCGCUUGAUGGUCUCAACCCCCGAAAGCGCUGCAGUUGCAAACGGCGAUUCAGCGAAGAAGGAAUCGACAAGUACGUCACGGAGGGAAGCCGUGUACACAUUAUACGUUUACCUCUCCUACGUACUGACUGGGAAAGCAUUUCCAAUCGGCACACUCGAAAGCGCCGAAUCUUUGCAAGCUCGCAACGACGUUUUCAGCUUUCUCCUCUCCCCAUUGUUCGCAUCCUGGCCGCCCGGAUCCGACUCUCGGCAACGACUGGGCACCGAACCGUAUCCAUACCUACGGCUACUCUUCAACCAUGAUCCCGAGGAGUUCUUGAAAGUCGUUGCCGUAGUCAUGUCCGAUUCGACACUUGAUUCGGAUGUCCUGGCCAUCAAAUCCAAUGUGUUUGUUGCUGAUACCGAUGGCUUAGGGAGGUACACUGACCGCUUUGUAAUCGGGAGACAGAGUAUCUUGGACGCUCUGUUUGUGGUUAUUGAUGGCGAGACUUGGCUCAUUGACGACGAGCCAUUAGAAGAUCGCGCUGACCAUGGGAAUGAUGCGGCAAACGACGACCAAAGAACGAUCUUCUACUGCUUUGUUGCUCGAACAUACGCACGCUAUCAUACUUCAAUAGCUUUCCCAACACACGUCCUGGGCCGCAUCAUCCUGCAGUUGACAUUGGGACCCGAUCACGAGAGUCUCGGUCGCGACGAGCGUCAACGCGCGGUCGUGGCCAUGCUGACUACCGCAAAGGAUUUGAUUGACGCAGAGUCCAAAGCGUAUCUCGACCACUUCAAGAACGCAGGAUUUUGGCGGGCGUAUGAAGUUGUCAUCCGUAGGCACCGACGCUUUGAGCUUCUGCUCGAAUGCUACAUCAAUGAUCCAGAUCGUGCAACCGAAGGGUUUGCUGCUCUGCGGCAACUGAUAGACAGUCGGGAUGAGCUGUCACGGAAGCAAGUGGAUGCGGUCAAGCGCAGCGCCAUGGAUCGGAUCGGCGACCUAGUGCAAAUCGAUGAGAUCUCCACGGCAGACUUGGUGGAUGCGAUUUGGCCUGCCGACCACAAGACUGUUAUCGCCUCCUUAUCGGCGGACACCGAUGCGUUGUUCAAAUACCUUUCCGGCUUACUGGACGCGGAAUGGGUUCAGAGGGAACGUCCGUCGAGAUCAUCCGGCAGCUACUCUCAAAACCCUCGAACUCGCGUGAGUGCCGAGAUUCACGAGCGGUAUAUCGAUAUUCUCGGCUCAAAACAUCCCAACCAUGUUAUUGAGUAUCUGGAAAGCCUUUUUGCGGGCCAAGCGGGCUUCCCAUAUGAUUUUGAUCGAGUAUUCAACCUGUGCAAGAAGCAUGACGUGAUUGAUGCAGCCGCCUGGCUGCUGGAGAAGAGUGGCAAUUGGGAUGGGGCUCUGUCGGUUAUAUUGAAGAGCAUUGAGGAGGAUGUGGAGUCGAUUCUGAAUGGCACGUCAUUGGAAAGCGUUGACGGAGACGUGUCCGAGAGAGCGAUGGCAGACGUGAUUACAGUGAAGGUUGAUAUGGGGUUGAACCUAUGCAGACGUCAUUACGCGAAGACGGAGUCGAGAGAUAGGGAAACGGUGUGGUUCCGCUUAUUGGACUCGAUCGUGGAGAUGCAGCACCUUACAAGUUCGGCGAAACCUCCUACGGACGGUGUCCCGCUGGAUGUCAGCAAUGGAGAGGCAGGUGCGGACGCAUCUGUCGCAAAGCCGUCAGACCGCGACGCCCUUCACGAGAUCCUAAAAGCCCGGACUCGAGACAUCCUCUACGCGAUGGUAGGACACGUUUCCCUCCCCUCCAUCCUUCUCCGUAUCGUUCAAUCCCAACGCAGCGCCACAUUCGGCGAACACCGCGACAUCAUCUUCUCCAUGCUGGAAUCAUAUACAUACGAGCGUGAGCUCCUCCAAGCCACCAACCGCGUCAUGGCCGCCGACGUACAUGCCAAUCACGUCCGUAACGCUAGACUCCGCUCGGAGGCUUUCCGACCUGCUCGUGGGCAAUGUCCGCUUUGCAGGCGACUCCUGCACGUCCGCGCCAUGUCGGAGGCGGAACGCUCCGCGAAGAAUAAGGUGGUGAUAAUGCCCUGUCGACAUGCGUUUCAUGCGGCGUGUUUGCAAGCCGAAAUGGAGAAGUUUGCGCGGUUGGAGGAGUGGGAUGGUACGGGGGACGUGCAGAAUGGCACAGCUUGGUGUGUUGUGUGCGCAAGAACCAGGGGACGUGUGAAAGCCUUGGCAAAGAAGAAGGCGUUGGCAGUAGCGACUUCCCUGAGAAAAGGGAAGGGCAAAGAGACGGACACGACAGCCGAAACCCCGACCCCAGAGGGAGAUCCCAACAGCUCCUCCGCCUACGUCCACGAAUCCCAAGCACACCUAUACCACGCGCUCUCAAUCAACCGAUACUCCACCAACGCAAUCUUCAACCUCCUCCGCACCGACGCCAAGCGCCACCAGGCGCACGCAACAUCAGCACUCGCCAACGCCGGUGAAUCCAGCCCGCUCUCUGACUCAUUCGACGAAGAUGGGGUCAUCGACUAUGGGGACCACUCGCCUUACAACAGUCACCAUCACCAGCAUCCGGACGACGCCAAAUCUGUGGCGUCAACUUCGCCGAGCAGAGCGUACCAUUCGCUUGUGAGGCAUUCGCAUGAUAAUCUGGGCCUAGGGCUUUCGUAUAACCAAGCGCUGUCGCAUCUGGCGUCGUCGGGCAAGUACUCGCUGGCGUUGGCGCCGCCGCCUGUAAAUGACGACGACCUGUAGGGCGUAACUGAGUGACUUCGCACCCAGGCUCCAUGGCUGGCCAUGGAACCCCUCUGCUUUAAUUCCCAA